UUGAUUUCUCCACAAUUCGUCAAAACUCGCGAUUUAAUCCCUCAAACCUCUCGGAAAACGGCCCUCUGACCAAUCUCAAAUGGUUUCAAAACCGAUAUUCAUUGUCCACCAAUCAGCCUCGGCUCACCUCCCCCUAGAACACUCAUAUCAUCGAUAAGGAAAAUAAAAAUGAUAAGGUGUUACGGCGAUCCCCUCGACACCGGUGACGACAGACAAAUCGGGCAAUGCCGGCUAAGUGGGGGAACAGUGAGAGGGCGCGAGCAACGCGACGCAACUUGGACGUGGGGGGGAGACUCACUGGUGGGAUAGAAGGGAAAUAGCGUGGGAUCUACGGGCCAACAGUCGUGAUAAAGUUGCGGAGAGGGGAGUACCGAGUAAAAGAGGUUUGUUUAUCGUUGAUGGCGAACGAGCCAGUCAGUGCGGUGCAUUCGUCCGUGCACUGUCGGAUGGACACGCGCUCUCUUGUCUUCACUCUUUAGCAACAAAAAAAAAAACACGGAGCAAAUCUUGCUCGAGCCAAAACACUAUCACCCGUUAAACCGCGUGUCGCAUCCGCCGUGCAACAUACUCGUGAAGUUUACACAUGUUUUUUUUUUUAACUUUAAAAUCCAAGUGUCGUUGCAGUGAUCAUGAAAAUUCUCGCGAAUCUCCCAGCGUAUUGAAUAGUAAAUUGAAUUUAACGGCUUUGUGUUAUCGCCGUUAUUAACCUCAUCUCGAAGAUCAAGUGAUUUCGGUGACGAUUGUACUCGGGAUGUUGACGUGACAAUAGUGGAUUAUUAAACUCCGGUGAUUAUUUUGCACGUCGGGAAAUUAUAUUUUAUGGACUUUCAACGGGGGAAAUUAACGACGUGUCGUGUAUAUCGAUAAACCCCAUAGACCGCUGUGCAAAAUUCCGUAGUGCAAAGCCUUGAAAAUUACCACCUCAAUGAAUUGACAGAAUUCCCGACGACAUUCGAGUGAGAGUCCACGAGUGAAGUUAAAAAUAAAAUUCAAGAAAAUAUGAUGGAUCAAUAAAAAUCCCUGCGAACGGUUACCUAAGUUCGUAAGUUGACUUCCGGCUGGACAACUCUGUCUCGGUCCGUGUGUUGAGCUUGUUCACGCUUGGGUGAUUCACUUUGCUCGGAUCGCAAAAGCCGAAUGAGAGGCGGCAGAAGUACCAGUACAGAGAGUGAAGAACCUCGGGUUUGUUCGACCAUUCAAAAAGGGGUUUAAAGUGAAGAAAGAGAAAAGAGGAAGGAAAAAGGAAAGAAAUAAGAGGUUGAAAUAAAUAAUAAAAAAAAAAAAGUCAAGUGUAAGUGGAAAGAAGUGGGGUCUUUGUGUACAAUCGUGUAUUGGGAGGGAAUAGGAUAAAGAGGGUGAGGGAAUUUUAGUGGGACGAUGAGUCCCAAAGUUGUGUUACUGGUGGGGUUAGUGUUGGUGUCUGGCAUUGCUGAUGGUACGGGAAACGAUGUUGGCCCAGCCGCUGCUACCAAGCAACGGCCAUCACCAGUUUACAAUAAUCAUUUUGCUGUACAUGUACCCGCUGGACCGGAGGCUGCUGGUGUAGUUGCUGAGAAAUACGGCUUCGAUAAUAUUGGCCAGAUUGGUGCCUUGAAGAACUACUAUCUGUUCACUCAUCGAAAAGUCCACAAGCGCUCCCUCGACACAAGCGAACACCAUCACAAACUUCUUCGCGAUGAGCCCGAGGUCCACUGGUUCCAACAGCAACACGAGAGGAAACGCAAAAAGCGAGAUUACCAAAUACCUGAGUCCUACAGCUUUGGUAGUGACUAUCCCGGUUUGUACGAGAACUAUUCACCGUCUCGACAGCGUCAGGCAUUCCAUCGUCAACGGAAUCGUGGUGCACCACUUCAAAAUUUAUUCACCGAUCCACUCUUCAAAGAACAAUGGUAUCUGAACGGAGGUGCCAAAGAUGGUUUUGAUAUGAACAUUGCGCCUGCCUGGCAGAAGGGCUACACAGGUAAAGGCGUGAUCGUAUCAAUUCUGGACGAUGGUAUCCAAACAAAUCAUCCUGAUUUGGCCCUGAAUUACGAUCACCAGGCCAGUUAUGACAUCAAUAACGACGACGAUGAUCCAAUGCCACAGGACAAUGGGGACAACAAGCACGGCACACGUUGUGCUGGUGAGGUUGCCGCUGUUGCGUUCAAUCAGUAUUGCGGGGUGGGUGUUGCUUACAAUGCCAGUAUCGGAGGAGUGAGAAUGCUAGACGGUAUGGUGAACGAUGCAGUUGAAGCUCGAGCACUCGGACUGAAUCCCGACCAUAUCGACAUUUACUCAGCCUCGUGGGGACCUGAGGAUGAUGGCAAAACAGUUGAUGGUCCUGGCCCCCUUGCCAGACGUGCAUUCAUCUACGGUGUUACUAGUGGUAGAAAAGGUAAAGGCUCGAUCUUCGUGUGGGCCUCGGGCAAUGGUGGUCGUCACACAGAUUCAUGCAACUGUGAUGGCUACACAAACAGUAUUUUCACCCUGUCGAUAUCAUCAGCAACCCAGGGUGGUUAUAAGCCCUGGUAUUUGGAGGAAUGCAGCUCAACCUUGGCGACAACCUAUUCAUCAGGCACCCCGGGCAAUGACAAGAGUGUAGCUACUGUUGAUAUGGAUGGAAAAUUACGGCCAGAUCACAUAUGCACCGUUGAACAUACGGGAACAUCGGCAUCAGCUCCUCUUGCCGCUGGAAUAGCGGCUCUUGCACUCGAGGCCAAUCCCAGCCUGACCUGGCGGGAUAUGCAGUAUCUCGUGGUGCUGACAUCCCGGUCUGGACCACUUGAGAGAGAGCCGGGAUGGAUUUUAAAUGGUGUGAAGAGAAAAGUCUCUCAUAAAUUUGGUUAUGGACUUAUGGAUGCUGGAGCUGUCGUCAACCUCGCCGAACAAUGGACCAAUGUACCGCCUCAGCAUAUUUGUAAGUCACAGGAAAUCAACGAGGAUAGGUCCAUCGAUCCCACAUUUGGGUAUACACUCAAUGUUUAUAUGGACGUCAGUGGCUGCGCCGGAACCCUCAACGAGGUUCGCUUCCUGGAGCAUGUGCAAUGCAAGGUGUCUUUGCGAUUCUUUCCACGUGGUAAUCUCCGUUUGCUGCUGACAUCACCAAUGGGAACUACCUCGACAUUGCUCUUUGAACGACCCAGGGAUAUUCUUGGCGCCAACUUUGACGAUUGGCCAUUCUUGAGCGUACACUUUUGGGGGGAAAAAGCUGAUGGAAGAUGGACCCUCCAGGUCAUCAAUGCCGGAAAUAGGAGGGUCAGUUCACCCGGCAUCCUGAACAGGUGGCAGUUGAUAUUCUACGGAACAGCAACAAACCCCAUAAGGAUUCGAACGCGGCAAUUUAAUUCGGUACAGCAACAGACGAAUUAUCCUUUCUUCCCAAUAGAUCACUCAGUGGCAUUGGAUCGUUUUUUUGGCGACGACUACUAUCGGUCAUCUGGGUUUCAGAAUUACCAGGGGCAGUAUGCUGGCGCUGCAUCUAACGUACAGGCAUCAGUGGCAUCCUUGGAUGGUUCAUCAGCUCCAAUUCUAACCAAUCGAUUGCCGGGAGACAUUGCAGACGAUGUGUCGAGAAAUCUCCAGGGCUCACUGGAUCCAUCGAGGAGGAUUGUGCACGAGUGCGAUCCACAGUGUGAUCAUCAGGGCUGCUACGACAAGGGACCCACUGAAUGCGUCGCUUGUAAGACGUACCGACUUGACAAUACAUGUGUAAGUCGAUGUCCGCCGAGAAGUUUUCCAAACCAGGGUGGCGUUUGUUGGCCUUGUCACGAGUCCUGUGAGACUUGCGCUGGGGCUGGUCAAGAUUCUUGUCUCUCCUGUGCACCGGCACACCUGCGUGUCACCGAUCUUGCUGUGUGUCUGCAGCAGUGCCCAGAGGGCUAUUACGAAAACACUGAGAAUAACACCUGCGUCCCCUGCGAAGCGAAUUGUGCCAGCUGUCAGGAUCGCCCUGACCACUGUACGUCCUGCGAGCACCACCUCGUGAUGCACGCUAACAAGUGCUACGCGGCCUGUCCCCUGUACACCUACGAGACGCAAGACUACAACUGCGCCCCUUGUCACACGACCUGUGAAACAUGCAACGGGACCCUGGAGACUCAAUGCAUCAGCUGCAAGCCCUCGCACUUCUCCCUGAAUGGCACCUGUCAUUCCUCCUGCCCUGGGGGCUAUUAUCCAGAUAAAAAACGCAGGGAAUGCGUGCCCUGUCCUCCCGGCUGCUCUACCUGUAUCACAGGGGCAUGCACAAGUUGCGUUGACGGUUGGAGCCUCAACAAGAAAAACCUGUGUGCCCCUGUCUCCAGAUCAAAGUGCGAGGUUUCGGAGUACUUCGAAGAUAAUCACUGCAAGCACUGCCACGAAACCUGCGAGACCUGUGCUGGACCUACUGAAGACUCCUGCAUUUCGUGUGAGUCGCCCUUACUCCUGCAGAACCGAAAAUGCGUGGCUCAGUGCGACGACGGCUUCUACUCGGUCGCCCAACCCACGAGAUCCAUUUGCUCGCCUUGUCUCCACACAUGCAAAACUUGUGUCUCCAGGCUGAACUGCACGGCUUGUGAGGACGGACUCCAGCUACAGAGCGGAGAGUGCAGAUCAUCUUGUGCUCAGGGCUACUACUCGGACAGGGGUCAAUGCGCCAAAUGUUACCUCUCGUGCAAAACAUGCUCAGGACCGAGACGAGAUCAGUGCGUCACCUGUCCCCAAGGAUGGCAGUUAGCAGCGGGUGAAUGUCAUCCCGAGUGUCCCGAGGGUUUUUUCAAAUCCAAUUUUGGAUGCCAAAAAUGUCACCACUAUUGCAGGACCUGCAAGGGUGAGGGCCCUCUGGAGUGCACCAGUUGUCCUGAACAUUCAAUGCUCGAGAGUGGUCUCUGUAUGGAGUGCCUUGGAGCCCAGUACUACGACCCCUUGACACAACUCUGUAAAAACUGUCACGCCGACUGCAGAAGGUGCUCAGGGCCCGGCAAGUUCAGCUGUGCUGCUUGCACCCUCCCCCUGCAUCUCGACAAGCUCAAUAAUCAAUGUGUGCCAUGCUGCAAUGGCAAGAAGAAAAAUGAGAGCGAUGAUUGCUGUCUCUGCGAUCCUGAGACUGGUGGCUGCAGGAACUCUUCCCCCGCGGGGAAGAGAAGAGUCGCUGGGGCAGAGGAACCUGCACCUGGGAUGCAAUUUGAUACGGAGUUCGAGAGUCUAGAGGCCAAAAGCAGAGGUGGAGCAUUCCCUGUCACUGGUGCUACCAUGAUGGCGGUGGCCAUUUGUGUAGCAGCGGUUGCACUGUUUGUAGCGAUAUUUAUGGCACUGCAGGCUGUGUCCAGAAGAAGAGAAUCCAGUCUUGGCUACACAAAGCUCUCAGUGACCGUUGAGCCCCCAGAAGAGAUUGAGGCUGACGACACAACAGAGCUCAUGACUUAGAAUCCACCAAGUAGAUAGUCAAUGAAACAAUUCAUUAAAAAUACCGAAGAAACAUUCAAUGUCUUCGUCCCCGAAGAAUCUUGAAAUAUCCCCAGGUCGUUGAGACUUGUGCCAGAGGGAUCGACUGUCGACACCUAUUGAUAUUCUUCGCCCCUCACUGAAGAAAUUUUCACACUCGAAAAGUUCAAGUGUCGAAGUUCUCUGGCCAAGUGAUGAAAAAGUUCCAUGUGAACAUGUCUAUGUGUGUGCGGAUAAGGGAAACCAUGACGUGAUGUGUAAAUGUGUUUUUAAGUGAAAAGAGCAAUAGCUUAAUGAAGACGAAGAGAAUUCAGGUGGUAAUGGGAGAAAGCAAAGGAGAUUAAUGUGAGAUGAGAAAUGAGUGUGGGUGUGACUCUUUAAGGUACGAACAACUCGUACAGAAGAAUAACGGAAAAAUAUCGUAAGUGCCUGAUUAGUGACACCCAAGUAAACCCUAUCCCAACCCUUCUCUCCCCCUUUCCCUCCCCUCCUCCCUCUCCUGUUCGCCGUUUUUAGUCUCCUGACUUUUUUUCCCCAAUUUCUUUCACUUUUCUUAAAUCCCCUGACCUUUUUUUUUCAUCCAAGAUACACUCUUUCUCAGGAUUUCUGUUGUGUUCUUUCUUUAUUAAACGAGGGUUUGUGCGUAAUACAGAGCAGACGGGGCAGAUAUGUAUUAUGGCGGAGCGGAGGGGCAAAUUCGAUGCGGAAAGAAUGUUUUUUCCCAGAGGGAUUAUCUCGGUAAUGAGGAGGUUUAGGGGGAACUGUCAAUUUUGAAAUAAUUCAGAAAUUGUUGUUGAGUGUGAAAGUACCCCGGUAAUGAGGAACUUUGAGAAGAAACGUCGCGAAAAUUCUUUUUGGUAAUUUUUCUGACUUUUCCACAAGUAGAGGAACUCAUUAGUGAAGUGGAUGGCGAUUAACAAAAGUGGUAAUUUUUUGUUCGUAUUUUUUAUCCCUUAAAAUUGAGUUUUUUACGUUGUGGUAAAUGUAGAAUUAUCUCAGUAGUAAUGGAUAUUAUUGGUUCGUUACACCCCUCUACUGUAUCUGACCAAUUUUUUGAAAAAGUCUCAAAAUGUGUUUGCCAGAUGGAUGAAAAAACUUAUGGACAAAAUCGAAUUUCACUUGUCAAUUCUUCAAUAGCUCUUGAGCAUUGUAUCAACUCACUAAUGAAUCGACGCGAUGAGUUAUUUCGAUUAUCAGAACAACCUUUCGACAUUUUCCCCCAAUCAAUCUUUGUUCUCGAAAUAAGUAAGCAGUUCCCAUAAAAUUUCUUACAUUUUGUUGAAUGUAGAACGAUCUCGAGAACGAAUACUGAUUGCAUAAAAUCUUGGAAACUAUUUUUCACAGGAACUUUCUUGACCAAGAAAAAAGUGUUUUGAAAGUAGUUGUCCAAUAUUUCUCAUUGUCCAGAAAGUCCCCAGAACCAAUCCUCGGAAAAAUAUACUUUUCCUCAUCGAGUUGGAUUUCUCCCCUGGAUACCAUUUUUUUUGUAAAAUCGCAUAAUGUUUCUUCAUGUCGAGAAAAUGUAUCGAAUACCUCAUGAAAAGUCGCGUCGAUCCCUGAACAACGGACCAUUGAUGCUAAUGUUCCGUUAUGAUUGAUCAUCGCCCACCCCAAAUAUUCGAUACCCUCUCUCGAUAAAAAAAAUCCUGUACAUUUUGUAUAAAAAAAAAACAAAUGAACAAAAUCUAAUGAAAAUUCAAUGAGAUAUGUAACGGUGAAAUUAAUGAGGGUUUAUAGAAAGUUUUAGAUCAUUUAGGGACACAAUUAAUUAUGUGCGAGAAGCUCCAACGAACAAAAUAUCGAAUGUUCACUCAAUGGAUAAAAAAGAUAAUUAGGACGUACUCGGGUAUUGUCGGAGUUAUUUUGUAGCACCCCAGUUAUUUAGCUCACAAUUUAAUAUUUUAUCACUAGUUAAUGAUCAAUGGAAUGAAAUUUCAAGUCAAUGAUUGUGUUUUGUAAUUAUUUGUUAUAUCUAUUUUUAUUUUUAAUAUGUAUUUUUUUUCAUACGUCACACUUAUUUUUUGACACCUAUGUUACUCCGAAUUGUACGAUAACAUUUUCUCUUGAUAUAAAAAAAAACAAAAACGAACAAAAAUAUUACGUGGACUUAUCGAUAAAUUUGUAAUUAAAAGGGCCAGAAUUAACGAAGAAAAAAUAUUUAAAAACCUAAUAAGAUGUAAAACAAUGUGAGUAUUUGUGUGAUGACCGCGGGGCGAGUGUCGCUUGUGGGUGCGAAAAUUUAUUACUUGUAUCUGAUGAAUGCACCAGUUGUGUGAGCAAUGAAUUUCUUCUUGUGAUUUGAUAUAAUGCUAUUAUUGUACUUUUAUGAUGAACGCGAAUUAUAAAUAUAUACAUAUGAAUAUUGA